AAUCACCAGUUUCACAUAUGUUAACAAGCAACACACAGCUAUAAAAAAAAGACCACACCUAGCCUAACCUCAGAACAGAUAUUUCAAAAUGCAGGGUGAGAGAGAAGCUGACAAUGCUGAAGUUAGACAGCGUAGGCCUGACAUCCCCAGAGUGAGGCUGGAUAUAGAAACCCUGAAUGAGCAGCAGGUGUUUGAAAGUUUCAGGCUCAACAGGGAGAAAAUAUAUCAGUUAUAUGCCCUGUUGCAAGAUAGGCUGGAAAGCCAGGGCUAUUCAAGCAGGGCUGUCCCUGGAAUGACCAAACUACUAGGGGCACUUCAUUUUUUGGCUUCUGGAUCCUUUCAGGUGACAGGGGGCAUUGUAACUGGGGUGCAUAAGUCCACUCUUUCUAAGCAUCUUUCAAAAGUUAUUGAUGGACUUUAUGAUAAUUGCAGAAAAUUUAUUUUUUUCCCCACAUCACCCAGAGGUUGGCGUGAUGUUAAGAGGGACUUUUUUCUUUUAGGUGGCAUACCCAAUGUCCUUGGGGCCAUUGACUGCACUCAUAUUGCCCUAAGACCCCCUGUGCGCAGGGAGAUAAUAUUUAGAAAUAGGAAACACUUCCACUCCUUAAAUGUGCAGAUUAUAUGUGAUGCAAACAUGCGCAUAUUAAAUGUUGUGGCAGGGUUCCCAGGAAGUAGCCAUGAUGCCUACAUCCUCAGGAAUUCUGGUGUGUGGAGAUUGUUUGAGACAAAUCAAAUGCCUGAAGGACAUCUCCUCGCAGAUUCUGCAUAUCCUCUUAAAAAAUGGAUUUGGACACCAUUAAAAGAGAACCAGGUUGUUGGGCCUGCUGAAUUAAGAUAUAAUGAAGCACAUAUCCGAACACGUGCUAUAAUAGAACGACUGUUUGGUGUUCUAAAAAUGCGCUUUCGCUGCCUGGACAGAUCAGGGGGGGAUCUCCAAUUCAGUCCGGAAAAAGCUAUUAAAAUCAUAGUGGCAUGUUGCUGUCUACACAACAUGGCACAGGAGCAUGGGAUGUUGAACGACUUACUUCCAACACCACAGCCCCCAGGUGAAAUCUUUGAGCCUGAUGUAAUUAAUCAUCCACAACCCCUCAAUGCCCAUUUGGAGAGAUCUGCAACUAUUCAAGAAUUCUUUUCAGAUUGAAGAUUCUCAGAAAUGGAAUACCACUCCCCUCCCUCUCUCCUCAUCCCUAUAUUUACCACAUUUUCCCUAAAUAAAUGUAUACUUUACUCAAA